AUGAGUUUGAACAAAGUAAAAGAAAUUGUCUUUCUUGGGACAGGGACUUCAUCUGGCGUACCUAGUAUUAUAUGCUUGACAGCUCCUGAACAAGCUUGCAAGACAUGUAUAUCAACCCUUAAUGAAAGUGGACAGGUGAACGUUCGUAGAAAUACGAGUCUAUUAAUCCGCGUAAAUAAUCCUGAUGGACGAUUAAGAAAUAUCCUCAUAGAUUGCGGGAAAACAUUUUAUGUAUCAGCUCUAAAAUGGUUUCCUCAUUAUAAGUUGCGUUAUAUCGACGCGUUAGUAUUGACACAUGCUCAUGCUGACGCGAUCAAUGGUUUGGACGACUUACGUGCAUGGACAUUCAAUAAAGCAAUUCAAGAAUACAUUCCAAUUUAUUUAAGUAAUGACACCAAGACGGCCCUCGAGCAAACGUUUCCUUAUAUUAUGGAUAACUCCCUGGCGACUGGUGGUGGUGAUCUUCCAUCGUUUCAAUUUCGUACAAUAGACUCGUCUACCCCUUUUGUUGUUGAAGGUCUAGAGUUUAUACCAUUGCCAGUCCAUCACGGCGUUCAUUUCACGAGUAAAGAACCGUUCAUCAAUCUUGGCUUUCGUUUUGAUAACAUAACUUAUAUCUCGGAUUGUAACUUUAUACCUGAACAAACACAAGAAAAAAUAAAAGGAAGUAAACUUUUCAUCUUGGACGCAUUAUCUCAUAAAGAGCAUCUUUCUCAUUUCUCAGUAGAUCAAGCUGUGGAAACCACGCGAGUUUUGUGUCCAAAGCCUAAACGAACGUAUCUUGUAGGAUUUUCACACAAGAUUGAACAUUACGACUUGGAAAGGGAAAUGAAAGAGUUGCAAGAAAAAGAGCCUGAUCUUUGGUGUCUCACAAAAUUUAGAUCACCAAAAAUGUCUUUGGGAAACGUAAUUUCAGUCUCGGAUAGUAACAAGGAAUUAGAUGGCGAGGAGGAGCUUUUCGUCCAGUCCCUACCAGUUUCGGAACUUCCUAUUAAACACGUAAAUAAGCCUCCUAGCUCUGGGGCGGAAUAUUUACGAAUGGUGAGGCAAGAAGCUGUAAAGAUACCCUACGUUUUUACCGCGUCACAACCAUCCUUGCACAACAAUCAAAAUAAAGCAGCCGAGUGGGUAAAGCGUGGCUGGGAAGCGGGGGAGGUCUUGAAAAGCGACAGUUUAGAAAUUGUGAAAUUAUUACCGCGGAGAGAAUGGGAAAAUUUAUUUAUAAAUAAGUUCGAGAAGCUGCGAAAGGCAUUGCGACUGUUUAUAUCCAAAAAUUUCAACCGAUUUCCUCCAUCAUCCGGCAUUCGUUUGCCUAAGUGGCAUGCGGAAGCUGAUUGGUACAAGUUUUGUUAUGGGGUUGAUUUGCCAACAAAAAAACGAGAGCACUUAAAAAAGAAUGUAAAUGAAAUUGGUAAUCUUCCAUCUUUGAGUGUUAUAUCUCAGUUAGAUCAGCAAACUACUCUAUCAUUACUUUCUUACCACACUAAAUGGCUCGAAAUUACCGGAAUCACCAAGGAACAAUCCAGAUGGAUCUUUGCCUUAUUUCUACGCGUCGAUCAAUUAUUGACAUCCGAUCAAAUGUCGAUUUUAAGAGAAUUAUGUCGAAGAUGCAUUGAAAUUAGGAAAUCAAUGCGGAGUAAAGAUGAUCAAAAUCUCCCUGCUGCUAAUAUUUUUAUCACUAUUGUAACAAGAUACUUUGGUCAAAAAGACCUCCAAUAA